AUGGGCCAGUUGCUGACCAAGUGCUUCUUUAGACGGAGGAAGCUUGUGGACAAAACCUCGUACAAGUCGCUGAAGUCGUUUGAGGCAAGGCAGGCAGAAGUUUCGGCGGCCAAAAUCAACUUUCCUCUGCGUUUGCCUCUAGUUGUUGAGAAGUCGUCGCGCGAGUCAACGUUGCCUACACUCAGGAAGAUCAAAUUCCUCGUCCCUCCCGAGCUCACUGUUUCACAGUUCAUCACUAUUCUCAGAAGUCGCAUGAACAUAAAGCAGAUGGAGUCAGUAUUUCUCCUGAUCAAUGGUCGUACCGUGGUACCCAUGUCCGCCACUCUUUCUGAGCUUUAUCGAGAAUUCAGUGAAGAAGACGGCUUCCUAUACGUCACUUAUAUUUCUCAAGUGGCCUUCGGCUAA